UUAGAACCAAACGCUUCAUCCAUUGACGUUGUGAUUCAAUAUUAACAAAUAGUCAAAUUAUGCAAUUUGCAAUACAUUGCUGUCAAGCAAAUUCACUGACGUCGAAACCACUUUGUAACCCAUCUGUAAUCACCCCUCUAUAAUUAACCUUCGCCCUAUGUUUGAGUUUAUGGUUAUUCCAGGUUAUGUCAGUAGUUUACUUCAAUAUCAAUAAAAAUAUAAAUUAUUUGUGUUCGAGAAGUUCAAGUUACCUCCAGAAUUACUGAAACACAAUUCUUUUAACUCGUAGGGGCACUUUAUUCACAGCCAUCAGGAGUCUUUUUCAUGCCGAUAGCAGUUAUCAAAAGUCAAUAUUGACCCAUGUGCAUAUCUCUUUUUUUAACUCGGCUCCAAAGUCAAUGAAUCUAUAGUUGUAGCUCUGGACCGAACUCAUCUGUAUCUUGCCUCCCUGAGGCUCUAUGAAAGAAAUGUCUACAGGCCCUGCACAUGACAGAGGCAGCCAUGAAGUUUGUGCAGAGCUCUCUAGGCAGAUUGUGGCAUCUGAAAUUGAACAUCGUGGACAAAAAGACAAAUUCACCUGUGAUAUCUGUGAUAAAAGAUUUACCCGCAAAGACUCAGUCAAUCGCCAUCAGUUGGUUCACUAUCAGAAAUACGUUCUAGAUUUGAAGAACCUGAAAGUUCCAACAGAGUAUUUUAAAAGUGAUAAAAACAUUAUUUCACCUUUCGCAACACAACUUUUAUUUUCUGGAUUAGAAAGUCAGAUUGGAGAUUUUAUCUGUGAUACUUGUGGAAAAAAAUUUUUGCGCAAAGACUCUUUUAAACGUCAUUCAGAAAAUCACGGUGCUGUCAAGAAAUUCAGCUGUAAUGAGUGUCCGAAAGCAUUCUUCAGGAAAGAUUUAUUGAAAAGGCAUAUGAGAUCUCAUGAUGAUCCCAGCUACCUGACAGCACUUAUAGCAAGUUCCCAAAGUAGGGGCAAAGGUAAUCAGUGGAGUGAAUCAAUACAGUUUUUAAAUGAGGGCAUCACAGUUUGUCAUAUUUGCAAUAAAGUAUUUAAGUAUAAAGAAUCCCUCAAGAGGCACCUUUUAACGCACAAAGUAAGAAAAAUAGGCUGCCCUAAAUGUUUUGUGGAGCUGAGCGAUAAGAACCAGCUCAUGAGUCAUUUGAAAUCUCAUGAAGAUAAAACUGUAGAGGCAGUACUUGAGCCAGAUGUUGAACCAUAUGGAUUACCAUCAAGCACCUUUGCACCAUUCAUUAUGCCAGAUUUUGAGAGCAGGAAAGGAGAUUUUCUAUGCCUGGUUUGUAAUAAGUCAUUUACACGUAAAGAUACCUUGAAGCGACAUCAGCUCAUCCAUGAUGCUAUCAAACGAUAUACCUGUGAAGUUUGUAACAGACCGUUUGACCGCAAAGACCAGUUGAUCAGGCACAUGCGCAGUCAUGAUGGUAAACACACUAUCAAACGUGAUUUCCAAUGCAAUCUCUGCGACAAGUUUUACACUCGUUUUUCGAAUUUGAAGUAUCACAAAUGUGUACAUGAGUCAGGCGCAAUCGACUACAGGCAGGUCUCCCUCUCUUGGAAGUGCCCAUUGUGUCUAUUCACCUCCCAGACUAGUGACAUCAACGACAUUUACUCUCAUUAUGCAGAAGCUCACAAUAUUUCACUUGCCUUGACAGAACUCCACUUUGACACAAUGGAAGCAUUCAGCGACUGGAAGAUCAAAACGGAAAUUGAGACUGGCUCAAGUUUUGUCUUGCACUCCAGAACAGCCACUUCAUCAACUUUCUUUUGCCACAAGUCUGAUAGUAAAAUCCAAGAUGGAAAGAAGUUGAAAAAAAGCCCAAGCAAAGGAUUCUGGUGUCCUGCUUCAAUCGUUGUUUCUGGAGUAGAGAAUGGUUUUAAAUGCAAGUACAUAAGCACCCAUCUGGGUCAUUCAAAAGAAUCAGAGCGAUUGCAGCUUUCCGAUUAUCAAUGUAAAAUUAUGGGUGAAAAACUAUAUAAAAACCUCUCGUUUAAGGAAAUCUCCAAUGUGGAGAAGCACUACACUGAAGGUGAAACUGCCAAACUUCAGCAUUUGAAAUGGCCAGAUGUUACUUCUUCGCUGGAUAGUAAUGUCAAAUCCUGCAAAAACGAGCAAGGCUGUGAGUUUACUAGUUUUUCAUCAUGGGUUUUUAGUAAUCCAAAUGUUUUGUACUUCAAAGAUGAUAACGCAUCCUGUAGGAAGUACAUUUUCCUAAAAUAUGAAGACUUUUUGUUAAUCAUUAUGACAGAUUUUCAGAGGAGGGUCUUGAAAAAUUAUGGAAGUGAUGUAAUUUGUGUUGAUAAUAGUUUUAGUUGCCGUGAUUUUUCAAUUGUCACUUUGCUUAUUCGUAAUGAUUUGUUAAAUGCGUAUCCUUGUGCAUUUUUGGUCUCCAAAAAAAUUGACAAAAGGCAGUUGAAAAUAUUCUACCAAGAGAUCAAAAGCCACGUUGGAAGUUUAGAGCCCAACAUCUUUAUGAGUGAAAUGUCACCUGAUGCGUAUGAUGCAUGGUGUUCUGUCAUGACUCCGGCAAAAACGCAGUUGUAUAGCUCAUGGAGUGUCCUAAAAGCAUGGAAACAAAUCGUACCUCUUAAAGUACCAAAUCUGGAGAUGGCUGAGUUGGUCCUAGUCAAACUGCUAGAAAUGCUAGAAACAACUACUGUAUCAAAUUUUGUUACUUUACUAAACUCAUUUAAAAUCUUUCUUAAGACAAGCCCUGUUUUUGAAGAAUUUGAGCAUUAUUUCAAUGAAGAAUGCUUGAAAAAUGAGCAAUUUACACUAUGGUCGUAUGCCUACCAUCUAAAUGCAGGAGUGAAUACCAAUGUUCAUAUCGAGUGUUUCUUACGGUGCACGAGACAAAUAGAGGAGCUCUCACAAAAAGUUGUCGACAUGAAAGAAUCAGUCUACGCUAUUUUUGAUUUUGUGUGCAGUAAACUUCACCAUCAGUUUUAUGAGGUCGACAAAGAGAUCUUGAAAGACAAGGCAGAUGUUCUGAAAGCAAACCAUAAGGAGAGCCUGAAGCUCUCGAGAGAUCUAGUCAUUAAGAAUGAUCAUGAGUGGACCGUCUUCUCUUUGGAGUUGGUGAACUGUUAUACAGUUUCAAGACGCGAUAUUAAUUGCAACUGUAAAUUGCAGUGUGAGGAAUGUAAAUCUUGUUUCCAUGAAUUUUCUUGCUCAUGUUUGGAUUACGUUGUCCAUUCAAACAUGUGCCAGCACAUCCAUUUAGUUGCACAAAUUCAGUCUAGCCAAAAAGAUAGAGUCGAAAGAGCUAGUGAAAUGAGUGAAAUUUUGCUCAACUUUGGAUUUUCUCGUGUGCAUAAUGAAUACAUGAAUUCGAGAGCCCUAGAUUUAGUCAGUCAGUAUGUUGAAGCCGAUUCCACCUCGGUUUUUAAAAACAGUAUCAUUAAUGCCAAAAUUGACAAUUAUGACUGUAUUUCUAAUAAUAUUAGUAGAGAAGUAAACUGCUGAUUCACACCGAUUUAUCAAUGAACUCACAGGUUUCAAGUAAGAAGAGGGAUGAAAGAAAAUAUUUGUAUUAAAAUUUGAUCAGGAUAGUCGAGGCAGAAAUCAAAGCAACAACCUAUGAAGCACUAACCCCAUGAGGUAGCUAUGACCAAGGGCUAUUCAGGCAGGAAGAGACCUACACAAACGCAGAAUCUAUGCUAAAUGCAUCAUACGAAGGCUUUUAUUAAUAAAUAGGACCAGGGAAUGGAUGGUUUUUUCAGGUCUGCCCAUUGCCUUUAACACUCAAUAAUGCCAAUUUAAAUUUUAAUUGAGAAAGCUUCAAUUUGAGACCAAAAUAAUUCAAAUCAGAGGCUGACCUAUCCUCUCCUUUCCUCGUCAUCUGUCAUUGAGGACUUAUGCCAGAAUGAAUAAAAUCUUUUACUCAAAGCUAUCUUAAAGCUGUUGAAAUUCAAAUUAAAAGAUUCUCUGUGGAAUAAAUGUUUUUAACUCCAAAUUUAUAGAAGCAAGCCUUUGACUAUCAUAAAAUAAAAAAUUGAAAGCAAAAUUAGGUAAAAUAAUUGUACUCUGGUGAGCGAGCGGAGCACGUUGUCUAAAAGAUUGAACAAAUUGUGUUUUGAUUCAAAGCUUCUCCUCCAGAAACAAUAAUAUUUUCACACUUUCAUAGAAUAAAUUAUAUUUUAUACCCCUUGACUAAUUUUAAUGGAGUAACUCUAUCCAUCAGUGAUGAUAGAUUGUUUUACUUGAUAAUUUAUCGAUCUCAUACUUUUUAAAACAUACAUAAUUUUUUCUUCAGUACCUCAGAUUUGAUUUUGAGAUUGCGAUACGAUUUCAGCGUGAGAAUUAGUUUCAUUAAUGGAGACAUUUGAUGCACUGAGAUUUCUAAUUUUCUAACUCGGUUACCCUUAAAAAAUCUAUUGACUGCUCCUCUUCUUUUUUUUAAUCAGUGAUGUCAAAUAAAUUUUGAUUGAAUUUAUUAACCCCUAAAGUCUGAACUUACGCUAGACUAAAGUCAGCUUACGCUUCUUCUUGCUGCGAGAAUUAUACAUGUAAGCCUUUUUGGAUGCAAUUAAACCAAAGAUUUUCUCUUUUUUAAAAAAACAUCCCCAAUUAACAGAGAGCUUAACUUAAGAUAUGGAAAAAAAAACAGGUUUCUCUGUCACUUAGCAUUUUUUGUACAAAAAUCGAAGGAAAUUCAGAUCUUAAGUUGAGUUGUAACCAACUGAAUUAUGCAGAACAACUGUUCCUAAGUAUUGGAAUGCAGGAUAACUUCACUCCUGACUCUUUUGAUGGGAAUAUUAUUCAAUUUUUUAAAUUAUUAUUGCAGAAAUUUUAAGAGUGUUCGUCUCUCCUCUGAUGUAAGGGCAUAUCUCACGCCCCAGAAAGCAUGGAUUUCUUUGUAAAAUAGGACUCACAUGGAAAUCGAGAUACACCCUUACAUCAGGGGAGCAACAAGUUGCAGCUGAUGAAUCCUCUGCUUUGUUUAUUAUACCUGUAUAUUGUUGACUGGUACAUACAUCAAAAAUUGUAACUUGACAAAUGCUAUCUAGUGUAAUUGAUUUGAUCUCUUUGAAAAUAACUUUCAUUUUAAAACUUUCACUUAUCGUGUAAAUAAAGUGAAAGGUGUAAAUGUUCUACAGUUUAGUUACACUCUUUUGAAGGCUUUAUUUGGAUACUCUAAGAAUCUAAAUUUAAGUUUAUUUUAAAAAAUGUUUAUAAUUAUCUAUUUUUUCCCUCUAUAAUUUGAUAGUGAUCUAAGAUUUUUGUCAUUUUAAUUUUCUAUUUGAAAGUAAAUUUUAAUCAUAGAAAUUUAAAACCUGC